CCUGCUUUUUAAACAGAAACACAAAGAAAACUGAGAGACAGAGCAAGACCCAGAGACAGAGUGAGAGUUCUUGAGAAGAAGAAGAAGAAGCAGCAGCUGCAGCUAUGAAUGCUCCCGAUCGAUACGAACGCUUCGUCGUCCCCGAAGGCACCAAAAAGGUCUCGUACGAGAGGGACACGAAGAUAAUCAACGCGGCGUCGUUUACAAUCGAGAGAGAAGACCACACCGUCGGCAACAUUCUUCGCAUGCAAUUGCACAGGGACCCCAAUGUUCUCUUCGCUGGCUACAAGCUUCCUCACCCACUUCAGUACAAAAUCAUUGUUAGGAUACACACCACUAGCCAGUCAUCACCAAUGCAGGCAUAUAACCAGGCUAUCAAUGAUCUGGACAAGGAGCUUGACCAUUUGAAGAAUGGUUUCGAGACUGAGAUGGCAAAGCAUUCAAGGGAGUUCUAAUAUGCAUUCAAUGCAUACCAGGAAGCAGUGUGUUCAGCUGUUUUUGUUGGUGAUAUUUUCUUGUAAAUGGUAUUUGAAGGGAAUGGGCUGAUUUUAUGAAACUUCUGCUUUGAAUCUGAUGGUUGUAAUGGAUUAAUGAACUUUAUGUGGUGAUGAAGAAUAUUAAAUAUGUCCAUUGGAGGAUUUGACCAUA